AUGUCUCCUGGAAAGACCAAGGAUGAAAUCCGAGUCUUGACGCCCGUCGGUCAGUUCGGUCAGGGAUGGAAUUCUGGUGUCUUCUGGGACGCUGUCGAAUCUGGCGUGGACGCUAUCAUUGCCGAUGCUGGUUCCACAGAUAGUGGUCCCGGGCGCCUCGCGCUCGGCAAGACCGCUGCCUCCAUGCAAGGCUACAGGAGAGACUACGGAGAACUUGUCAAAGCUUGUCACACCCACGGUGUUCGCUGCCUCAUUGGCUCCGCUGGUGGCUCUGGUUCCAACGCGUUCGUUGACAUGAGCACUAAGAUCAUCAAAGAGAUCAUCGCAGAGAAAGGGUACCGUCCCAUGAAAGUCAUCAGUAUCUAUGCCGAGAUCCCGAAGGACGUUGUUCGCCAGAAAUUCAAAGACAACCUUAUCAGCCCGUGUGGACGUUCCGUCCCUGAGCUCGUGGAGGAUGAUAUCGACAGUGCAACCAGAAUCGUUGCGCAAAUGGGCUUGGAGCCGUAUGUCAAAGCAAUGGAAGAGAACCCCGACUUCGACAUCAUCAUCGGUGGUCGGUCCUACGACCCUGCUCCGUAUGCGGCAUUUUGCCUUCACCAUGGCUUCGAAGACACUGCUCUCAACUACGCCAUGGGCAAGAUCAUGGAAUGUGGAGCACAGUGCGCAAUCCCUAAAUCCCGGGAAUGCCUGGCAAUUAUUCGGCAUGACAGUUUCGACCUGGUCCCGCUCCAACCAGGAGCCCGGUGUACUCCCGUCUCGGUUGCCGCGCAUUUGUUGUAUGAAAAGAGUCGACCCGAUAUUCUGCAGGGACCCGGCGGAGAGCUUCACCUAAAGGAUAUGAACUACGAGCAGGUUGACGAACGCGUUGUCAGAGUCCGGGGCGCCAAGUUCAUUCAUCAGCCAGAGGGCGAGUACACCGUCAAGAUGGAAGCGGCGAAGGUCAACGGAUACCAGUCCAGCUUCGUUGGGGCUUUCAGGGACCCAAUUCUAAUCUCCCAGCUCGACACCUGGAUUCCUGCCGUCAAGGAAACGGUGAAGAGUAGGAUGUCUUCAGACUAUCCUUACGACACCAAAGUCAUCACCUACGGCAUCAACGGCGUCAUGGGCGCUCUUGAGCCGGACAAGAGCCUCCCGAAGGAGGUUUGCAUUGUGGUCCAGUGCAGAGCACCGACGCAGGAGCAGGCAAAUGAAGUGGCCAAUCGGACCAAGAUGGGCUUCACCCACGCCCCGUAUCCAGGCCAACUCGCAACAGCUGGAAACUUCGCCUGGCCGAUCACCCCAUGUGAAACAGCAAUCGGCCCAGUGCCCGAGUUUUGCAUAUACCACCUUAUGCAUAAAGCAGACCCCGUCGGACUGUUCCCGUUCAAGGUGGAGGAAUUCCAUGGACCGAACACGUUUGUUCAUACACCUGGUCAGAAGAUUGCAGUGAAAGCCGACGCCGCCGUGGCCAAUAGCAUCGCUCAAUUGGCAAAGACUGGCCAGCCAAAGAAGUAUUACCUACGCCCCGAGCCGGCCACAGGAACCUGCUAUCUGGGAGACGUCGCGUCCGUUGUGCGCAGCAAGAUCGCGGGCCCAUAUGAAGUGACGUUUGACAUCAUGUUCCCCGACGAGGAGAUCUACAACAAGGUGAAGAGCGCCGAUGUCUUGUCCCCGGAUACUGUGGCGAAACUGUACAACAUCCCCGAAAGCGAUGUGGUCGCUGCUCUCUGGUGGGAUCCUGCCAGGGCGUUCAAGGCCACGAUCCCUCGGUACCGCGCAUCUGCUGGCUUUGAAGAAACGGACACACAUGGCUCUCAACAGCAUGCUCCGCUUUUGUACUUGAGCCUUCCCUGGGGUCGGGAGUAG